UGAACACAUGGGUGAAUUUGAAAAAUAUAACUGCGAGGUAGUUUGUGUACUGUGUUGAAAGCUUGAAACAUUUGGUUUAUAGCUCGAGUCGUAGUCGAUUGUAAGGCGUAACUUUUGGCUUAUUUUGCGAACCAACAAACUGGUUAGAAUGUAGUUUGCGUUACGAUUAGUCAAACUUAAGAUGUCUGGAGUUUUAUCGACAGCUUCCGGACAACGGGGCUUUAUGGAAUUCAGUCCAACCAGGAAUGGCGACAAAACUGACAAGGAAAACGUUGCUGUUUUGAGCCUUGUUCUGUUUUCCAAGGCACCAUUUGUAUCUUUUGGGACAGUGAAAACAGGCACCUCGAAGUCUACCAUUCUACGCAUUGAAAAUCCCACCAGCGAGACGGAGGCAGUGGUGACUGUUGUCAGAAUCCCAUCAAGCAAAGGCUUUUCUGUGGACACCAACACAUUCACAAUCCAGCCCCAGGACUCAUUUAGCCUGACCAUCAGCUGGACUCCAACAGAAGAGGGUGGAAUCAGAGAGCUGAUCAUCUUCAGCGCCAAUGGGGUCCUCAAGCACCAGGCAGUUUUGCUGGGGAAAGCGGAAGCCUCCAAAAAGAAAAAGAAGAGCCUCUGGGAUGCUAUCAAAAAUAAGAAGAGAGGUGAAAAAGGAUCUCCCUACAGGGCAAAGAAGAUCGUGCCACCGACCAAGAUGGCUGCCAGUAAAACGGUAGUCGUUUCCCGGAAACCACCGUAUGAACAAGAAAAACUCCAAGGUCCACUUUCUCCUCUCAAUGAUGUAAAAACGGGCAGAAAUAAAUCUAUCAGCGAGCAUACUCUCCUUGAUGAUGAGCCUCUGAAAUCAGAGCAGCAAAGGUGUUUAAAACCAAUUCAAAAUCAAAGCUGCUUGGUGGACCAGGAGAAUGUGCACCCUGGUCAGAGACGCAGUUCUCUUCUGUUGGCCACAAAUGAGACAGUGAUGAGAGGUAGUUCACGUUCUUUACCUGGGACGGUUGACAACAAAAACCUCACAAAAAUGCUCAAUAAGACUUUGUCACCUAUUGGGACACCAGAAAGGUUGAAAAAACUAAUGCCUCAAAUUCAGCCUGUGGAGCACACAGCUUGUGUUUCCUUGAACACUGUACACAGUGGCCCAGUGAUAUCUUUGCAUGAUGCACUGACACUCAUUAACUCAGACCUCGCCCUUGUCAACAGCAGUUCUAAAAGCAGCAGUCCGAGUUGCGAGUUUUCUGAUUCUUUGGAAUUUAAAAGUGAAGAUCAUGAUCAUUUCAAAGCAUGCCCUGAUAGCCCAGAACUCUCUGAUUCCACAGAGUCCAGACUUACAUUCUUUGUAAGAAAAAAUGUUGAUGUUCCAAAGGUUGAAAAGCCUUUAGACAAACCUAAAAAAAUGUCUUUUAACUGUGAAACAGUGAUAAAAAACAAAGCACUUGUGACAAGUUGCGGAAGUGGGCAAAAAAUUAAAAAGUCAAGGCGUCGACUGUUGGAGAAAACACUGGAGUUAUUAGAAGAUAGCAGCCAGUCUGAGCAUGGACCAGGUACUCCCAACCUCCCUGUAAUAGAACUAGACAUAAAAACAGAGGGGUCUGAGCGGGUUGGUUCUCUCUGCGACGACUUCAAAGACGGACCAACGCUAAGGCUAGAUGAUGCUCAAAUGUUCAUCAAUACACAUGUAAGCUCUCCUCCAAGUAGUGCUCACUGGAGUGUCUCCACUUCAUCACCUUCCAAUAGCCCUCCCAUGACAUUCACAAGCUCCUCCCCGUUACACCUGGGCCAGUCUUCUCCACUUCACUGCAGCAACACAUCAAAUCCUCUCCUCACCGUACCAGCUCAGAAAACAGAUAUUCCUCCUCAGCUGAUCCCAGCCAAUCAAUCCACCCAGGAGGAGUUGUUUCCUGUUCACAUGGUGACAGAUAGCAGGAAGAGAAAGCAUGAAGAGUGUUUGAGAGGAGUUAUGACGAUUGGCCAUGGUGAAAAAAACAAUCCAGUUAAGAUGACCAAAAUGGUCUCUUGGAAAAGUGAGCACAUCGAAUCAGCAGAGGAAAAGACUACAUCACAGAGGCAGCCAGUCAAAGUAAAUGGUCAUUUGCAUUUGAAGAAAACUUCUGCGAAGACCAGAAGGUCAUCAGUCUCUGCGCAAAAAAAGCCAUCAAGUUCCAAACUCCCCCUACGAGGUGCUGCCUCGGUGAAGUCAUCCAAAGCACAGAGUGUCAAGUGUGUGAAGAUGUCUGCUGUUGCAAUGAGAAAGUUGACCUUUGUUAAACCGACCCAGACAGCCAUACCCAGGCAUCCACUUCCUUUUGCUGCCAAGAACAUGUUCUAUGAUGAAAGAUGGAUUGAGAAGCAGGAGAGGGGUUUCACAUGGUGGCUCAACUAUAUCCUAACUCCAGAUGAUUUUAAAGUCAACACCGAAAUGACUAAAGUGAAUGCUGCUCCUCUAACAAUGGUCUGCAGCAACAAUAUCAGUGUUUCCAAGGCCCCCACCAAGGAGGAGAUGUCUUUCAGCACUUACACAGCACGGCGAAAGUUGAAUCGCCUUCGUCGAGCUGCCUGUCAGAUAUUCACCUCAGAGACUAUGGUCAAAGCGAUAAAGAGGUUGGAACUUGAAGUGGAGGCAAAGAGGCUUCGCAUUCGCAAAGACCGACAUCUUUGGAAAGAUAUAGGUGAACGUCAAAAAGUUCUCAACUGGCUUCUUUCUUACAAUCCACUGUGGUUGCGUAUUGGUCUUGAGACAAUCUUUGGGGAGUUGAUCUCGCUGGAGAGCAACAGUGACUCAACAGGUCUGGCUAUGUUCAUCCUGCAGCGUCUUUUAUGGAAUCCCGACAUUGCUGCUGAGUUCAGACAUCCUAAAGUUCCUCAUCUUUACAAAGAUGGCCACGAGGAAGCACUGUCUAGCUUCACUCUAAAAAAGCUACUGUUGCUGGUGUGUUUCCUGGACAAGGCCAAGGAGUCUCGCCUCAUUGAGCACAACCCAUGCUUAUUCUGUGUUGAUGGAGAGUUCAAGACAAGCAAAGACCUUUUGCUGGCCUUCUCAAGAGAUUUCUUGAGUGGGGAGGGAAUUCUCCCUCGCCAUCUUGGAUACCUUGGAUUAUCAGUUUCCCAUGUUCAGACUCCUCUGGAUGAAUUUGACUUUUCUGUGAUGAAUUUGGCCGUUGACUUGAAAUGUGGAAUUCGACUAGUGAGAGUUAUGGAGCUCCUAAUAAAGCAGUGGGACUUGUCAGCAAAACUACGGCUGCCAGCAAUCAGCCGCUUGCAAAAGAUCCACAAUAUGGAUAUUGCUUUGCAAGUCCUCAAAAUCAGAGGGGUCGACCUUAAGGAUGAAUACGGCUCCAUCAUUGAUUCAAGAGACAUUGUUGAUGGCCACAGGGAAAAGACAUUGAGCCUCCUGUGGAAAAUCAUUUUUUCUUUUCAGGUGGAAGUGGUUUUGGAUGAGGAUCAGUUGAGGGAGGAGAUUAUCUUCCUGAAGAGAACCCUAAGGACAAAACAGAAGUUGGCCUCUCUAAGGGCUGGUCUCGGCCUUGACACCAGUGGACUAAAGACCAAGGUGCCUUUUGAGCACAGCAGCACCAAAGUUGUUCUACUGAUGGAGUGGGCCCGUGCUGUGUGUGAUUUCUACAAUUUAACACUGGAGAACUUCACUGUGACAUUCUCAGAUGGCCGUGUCCUCUGCUACCUAAUCCACCACUACCAUCCCGGUCUCAUCACAGCGGAGUCUGUGCAUCAUUACACCACCCAAACUGUAGAUUGCUCAUCAAGGGGUCGCCUGGAGCUCAACUGCUCGGCCACAGACUCUGACAAUUCCUUUGACUCCUGUCCCACAGGCCUUAAUGGCCUGUACCCUGCUAUGAAGUUUGCAGAGCUGCUGGAAAAUGAAAAGAGCAAUUUUAGCUUGGUUAAUACUGCAGUGGCUUUUUUGGGUGGAGUACCUGCCAUGAUCAACCCAGCUGACAUGUCCAACACCAUCCCCAAUGAGAAGGUUGUAAUGUCUUACCUGUCUUUCCUGUGUGCUCGUCUCUUGGACCUGCGUAAUGAAACCAGAGCAGCCCGGGUCAUACAAGGUGUCUGGAGGAAUUACAGGUUAAAAAAAGACUUGCAGUGCUACAAGGAGAGAAACAUGGCUGCUGUGAAAAUUCAGGCAGCUGUGAGGCAUUUUCUCCAGCGUCACAGGGCCAAAAAGCAAUAUGCAGCAUCCACAAUCAUAAAAUCAGCUUGGAGAGGCUUUGUAACCCGCAAAAAGCUGCAGAUUGAAAAGGAAAAAGAACUCUGGAUCAUACGAGAACGAGCAGCAACAAUCAUCCAGGCACAAUGGAGAAUGUUCUCAGCCCUGACAUAUUACCAGAAUCUCCGAUACAAGACCAUUGUUGUCCAAUCACAGUGGCGAAUGAAGAGGGCAGUCUUUGCUUACGGAAGAAUCUACUGUGCAACAACUGUUUUGCAGCGAUAUUUAAAAGCUUUCAUUAUUGGAAGAAAGGAACACACAAGUUAUCUUUCUCUCAAAGCAGCAGUGCUGAAAAUUCAGAGAGGAUACAGACGUUGGAAAAUCCAGAAAACUCAAAGGGAAAACCAUGCUGCCAGAGUUUUGCAAACCGCAUUUAGGAAAUGGUACAUCGAGAAAAUUGCCAAAAGAGCAGCAGCUGCUAUUAAGAUUCAGUCUUUCUAUAGAAUGCAGAGGUGCUUAUAUCAAUACAGAAAAAUCCAAAGAAGUGCCUUGUUCAUUCAAGCCCAUUACAGAGGUCAUGCACAAAGAUGCCAGUAUCAGAAGCACAAGCAACAACUCAACGCAGCCAUUGUCAUUCAGAGUGCUUUCAGAGGGUACUGUGUCAGGAAAAAGGCUUUGAGAUUAAAAUAUGCUACAGUCCUUAUCCAGCGGUGGUACCGGGCCUCUGCUCGAAGAAAUGUGGAAAGGCAACUAUUUCUCAAGAUGUGCUGUGCAGCUAGGACCAUUCAGGUGGCUUACCGGAGAAAAAGAGCAUGUAAUUCACUUAAACAGCACAGAGCUGCAACUGCGAUACAGGCUGCGUUCAGAAAAUUUGUUACCCGAAGACGCUACCUUGCUCUGAGAAAAGCAACAGUUGUGAUACAGCAAAAGCGUCGAGCCACAAUUUUAUCUCGUAGGACGAAGGAGGACUAUGAAACUUUAAAAAAGGCCGUACUCAUAAUACAAGCCAAUUGGAGAGGUCGAGCUGACAGGAUGAGGCUUGAAAAAUCCCACCAGUGUGCAACACUUAUCAAGGCCCACUACUUGCGAUACAAGGCCCAAGUGGAGUUUAGGUCAAAAAAGGCAGCAGCUGUUGUCAUUCAACGUCACUAUCAGGCCUAUGUGGCUGGAAAGAAAACCAGGACAGCAUUUCUCCAGAAGCGAGCAGCCUGUGUCAAGAUAGCAGCAGGAUAUAGAGGAAUGAAAGUUAGGACAGACCUUAAGGAAAAGCACAAAUCUGCAGUUGUCAUCCAGGCUGCAUUUAGGAUGUAUUUAAUGAGGAAACAAUACAUUCUCAUUCAAAGUGCAACCAUUAUCAUCCAGAGCCGUUAUAGAGCUCUACUCCUCUGUAGAGCACACCGACACAAGUAUGAAGAGCUAAAAAAAGCUGCUUUAAAAAUCCAAACAAUUUACAGAGGCUGGAGACAAAGAGAAGAAUUUAAGAAAAGGGACAAUGCCGCAAGAGUAAUCCAGGCUCUGUUCAAAAUGCACAGAGUACAUAUGGCUUAUGUUACUAUGAAGUGUGCUGCUAUCAUUUUACAAGAGCGAUUCAGGGCCAAAAUGCUCAUGGAUCAACAACUGAAGAAGUACAGGACCAUGAAAUCUGCCGCUAUUAUCAUCCAGGCCGCAUAUCGUGGUCAUCGAACCAGGGUGAAAAUUGCACAGAUGCAGCGUGCGGCUAUUGUUCUUCAGAGAAAGUUUCUCACGAUGCGGGAGAGGAAUAAAUUCCUUGCUAUUAGGUCGGCAACAUUGGCUUUCCAGCAGCGGUACAGAGCUGUGAUCCUGAUGAGAGAAGAGCGGGAGCAUUAUCUCUCAAAGUGUAGGUUGGUCAUUUUCCUGCAAGCGGCCUUGAGAGGAUACAUCAUCCGAAAGCAGUUAGGCAUCAAGCAUAGCGCUGCUGUUAAGAUUCAGUCAAACUUUCGGAGAUAUCUACAGACAAACUACUAUAGGAGGCUUCGAUGGGCUUCUGGUGUUUUGCAAGCACGUUACAAAGCCAACAAAGAAAUAAGACGUGAGAAGCAGGCUCUGACUGCAAAGAGACAUGCUGUGAUUGUCCUACAAUCCGCUGUCCGGGGAAUGAUCUGCAGAAAAAUGAUUAAACGAAAGCAGAAAGCCUCCUCUAUUAUUCAGAGAGCUUUCAGAGCCCACUUCGAACACAAAAAGUACAUUACGUUAAAAUCUUCAGUGCUUGCUGUACAACGUAGAUUCCGCGCCACUCAAGCAGCCAAGGCUGCAAUGCAACAUUACCAAAACUUGCACAAGUCUGCAGUCAUCAUUCAGGCUGCAUACAGAGGACUGAGGGUCAGGAAGGAUGUUGCUUGUUGGCAUCAGGCUGCCACUUUGAUUCAGUCUACUUUCAGAAUGCACAGAGAAGAAGUCAAAUUCCAGGACUUACGUCUGUCGACAAUAAUAAUCCAGAAAUAUUACCGGGCCCAUCUCCUUCAGAAAAAAGACCAGAGAUACUAUUUGAAAGUAAGAUCCUCAGCAAUCACUCUUCAGGCAGCUAUCAGAGGUCUCUCUGUUAGAAGAAGGAUUGCCAAGAUGCACAGAGCUGCAACAAUUGUACAAGCAAACUUCAAGAGGCAUAAGCAACAACUGGUCUUCAGGAAACAAUGCUUGGCUGCUCGUGUUAUACAGCAAAGGUUUAGAGCUCUGAGACAGAGGAACUUAGAAAUGAAACGCUAUCAAGAAUUCAGGAAUGCUGCUUGUUAUCUCCAAUCUGCCUUUCGAAGAAUGAAAAAAAGACACUUAAUCAAACAAAGGUAUCAGGCUGCAACAGUCAUCCAGUCUGCUUUCAGAGGUCACAGAGAAAAAAGGAAAUUCCAGGCCAUGUGCUCAUCAACCAUCACUAUCCAAAGAUACUAUAGAGCAUAUAUUCUUCAGAAAAAAGAAAGGGACUACUUCAUGAAAAUCAGAUCCUCAAUCAUCUGCUUACAGACGGCUUUUAGGGGCCAUUUGGAGAGACGAAGAAUUGCUAAGAUGCACAGAGCAGCUACCAUUGUUCAAGCACAUUUCAAGAGACAUAGGCAGCAAUUGACUUUCAAGAAGCAACUAUGGGCUGUACGUAUCUUACAGCAGAGAGUUAGAGCUCUAAGACAGAGAAACCUUGAGAAACAACGUUACCAAGAAGUUAAAACUGCUGUGAUCAGACUACAAGCUGCAUUCCGAGGAAUGAAAACGAGACGAUCCAUUAAACGGUGGCAGCAGGCUGCAACUGUGAUCCAGUCUGCUUUCAGAGGUCACAGAGAAAAAAUAAAAUUCCAGGCCAUGUGCUCAUCAGCCAUCACUAUCCAAACAUACUAUAGAGCAUAUAAUCUUCAGAAAAACGAAAGGUACUACUUCAUGAAACUCAGAUCCUCAAUCAUCUGCUUACAAGCGGCCUAUAGGGGCCAUUUGGAGAGACGAAGAAUUGCUAAAAUGCACAAAGCAGCUACCAUUGUUCAAGCACAUUUCAAGAGACAUAGGCAGCAAUUGACUUUCAAGAAGCAACUAUGGGCUGUAUGUAUCUUACAGCAGAGAGUUAGAGGUCUAAGACAGAGAAACCUUGAGAAACAACGUUAUCAAGAAGUUAAGACUGCUGUGACCAGACUACAAGCUGCAUUCAGAGGAAUGAAAACAAGACGAUCCAUUAAACGAUGGCAACAGGCUGCAACUGUGAUCCAAUCUGUUUUCAGAGGUCGCAGAGAAAAAAUGAAAUUCCAGUCUAUGUGCUCAUCAGCAAUCACCAUCCAAAGAUACUAUAGAGCAUAUAUUCUUCAGAAAAAAGAAAGGGACUACUUCAUGAAAAUCCGAUCUUCUAUCAUCUGUUUACAGGCGGCUUACAGAGGUCAGUUGGAGAGACAAAGAAUUGCAAAGAUGCACAGAGCAGCUACUAUUAUUCAAGCACAUUUCAAGAGACACAGGCAGCAAUUGACGUUCAAAAAGCAACUAUGGGCAAUAUGUAUCUUACAGCAGAGAGUUAGAGCUUUGAGACAGAGACACCUUGAGCAACAACGUUAUCAGGAAGUCAAAACUGCUGUGAUCAGACUACAAGCUGCAUUCCGAGGAAUGAAAACAAGACGAGCCAUUAAACAAUUGCAUCUGGCUGCAACUGUGAUCCAAUCUGUUUUCAGAGGUCGCAGAGAAAAAAUGAAAUUCCAGUCUAUGUGUUCAUCAGCAGUCACCAUUCAAAGAUACUAUAGAUCCUAUGUCCUUCAGAAAAAACAAAGAUACUACUUUCUGAAAAUCAGAUCUUCAGUUAUAUUUCUGCAGGCCAUUUACAGGGGUUGUUUAGAAAGACAAAGGAUUACCAAGAUGCACAGAGCAGCUACAAUCAUUCAAGCAUAUUUCAAGAGACAUCAACAGCAAUUGGCUUUCAAGAAACAACUCUGGGCUAUUUCUGUCUUACAGCAGAGAUUUAGAGCACUGAGACAGAGGAACAUGGAGGUAAAACACUAUGAAGAAGUCAGGAAUGCUGUUUUUGUUCUACAAGCUGCCUUUCGGGGAAUGAAAUCAAGAAAAUUCAUCAGGCAAAUGCAUCUGGCUGCCACAACCAUUCAAGCAACAUUCAGAGCCCAUUGUAAGUUGAAGCGGUAUUUGAAAAUAAAAUCCUCUGCACUGACCAUUCAGCAAAGGUUUCGUUCUGCUAGAGCAGCCAAAUCUCAAAGGAAACGGUUCUUGGAAUUGUGCAACGCUGCCAUCAUCUUACAGGCACAUUUCAGAGGCAAACAAACCCGAAAAUUCAUUGUCCGUUUGCACCAGGCUGCAACUGUAAUCCAAUUGGCAUACAGGAAACAUGUUAUACUUCAAAUUCUGCAUGCAUCUGUUGUGGUGAUUCAGAAGCACUACCGGGCUUUUAUCCGUCAAAGGCAAGAAAGAACAAACUUCCUGAAAAUGAAAUGGGCUGCAGUGAUUCUCCAGGCUGCGUAUCGAGGCCACUGUGUUAGGAGAGACAUAAACCAACAAAAUGGAGCUGCUUGCUUGAUCCAAUCAUACUGGAGAUGCUCAGUCCAGAGGCGCAUCUUCCAGAAGAAGAGAGAGGCAGCUGUGAAAUUGCAAGAGAGGUUCCGAGCAAUGCAGGUUGGCAAUGUCGAAAGAAAAAGAUUUGUCAGAAUAAGGCAGGCAGCAGUCACACUUCAAAGCUACUACAGAGACUGGGUUGUGCGAAAGCAGGAACACGAGGCUGCCAUUGCACAGAGGAGACUUCGUUUUGCUGGGGCUGUCUUCCACCACCUCUGUGCUAUUAAGAUCCAAAGAGCUUUGCGAGCAUACUGGACCUUGAAAACUGCAAAGACACAGAUACAUUCUGUCAUCAUUAUACAGAAUUUGGUGCGAAUGGUGCUGCAAAAGAGACGCUACCUGGCAGACCGAAGGAAGGUGGUUACAGCCCAAAGAGCAGUCAGGCGUUGGUUAGCUCGGCGCCACAAAUCUGCAUUGGUUAUCCAGUGUGCUACUCGGAAGUUCCUCCUCCUCAGGCGCCAGAAGAAAGUUGAAAAGGGCAUAGUCAAAGCACAGGCUCUGUGGAGAGGACACGUCUCCCGCAAACUGAACGACAGUACCAAAGUGAUAAAGUUGAGACAGAAAUUACGCAAAGUCUCAGCUGGUGCUCGAGAGGAGGACAAAUUGCGCAACAAAACCUCAUCGGCCUUGGACUGUAUCCUUCGAUACAAACACUUCUCCUCAAUUCUCGAGGCCCUGAAAAACCUAGAAGCCACCACCAGGUUGUCCCCUGUAUGCUGUGAACAUCUGGUAGAGAGCGGCGCCACCAGUGUUAUCUUCACCCUUAUCAUCUCCUGCAACAGGAGUGUGCCCUGCAUGGAUGUUAUCACAUACUCAAUCCAGAUCCUACUCAACCUCUCUAAGUACCACAAAACCAUUGAGGCUGUGUAUGCGGUGGAAAACUCGGUGAAUAUACUGGUUGACCUGCUACAGACAUACAGAGGGAAAGCAGGAGAUAAAGUGGGUGACAAAGGCAAAGACAUCUUCACCAAAGCCUGCUUUUUACUGGUUCUGCUCCUGCAAGACAAAUGCCGUGCAGAGGAGGUUGUAAAGUGUCCUAAGAUUUUGGAUAAGAUAAAACGUAUUUACAGCCUCACCAUACACAAACACAACAUGGAUACAGAAAGAAAUGUGACCAAGCAGAAGAUGGCAGCAUCAGUAAAUGGGAGCUUCUAUGUCCCAGCAACACCAAGGAAGACCCGUCCUGUUCAAAAGUUUGCACCCGAUUGGGUUCUCAGGAAGGACAAGCUUAAAAAUAUCGUGGAUCCUCUUGAGGCCAUUAAGAUGUUGGCUAGCGCUCUCUUCAUUGUUUUGUAGAUAACCUUUGAAAUAUUCAUUUUUGUGUAUGCUUCAAAAUGUAUUUUUAUGUUAACAUGUUUUUACAAAUACCUUUAUGUUGCCACAUUAAAUGGAUU